AAACAGUAAGUUUACAGGUUUUACAAAGCUCCGCGCAAAUUCGGAGCCCUGGGGCCAUGGACUAUAUAUUUUGAAAGUUAAUUACGCCGUACGAACUGAAAGUCCAAGGCGGUUUUCGAUCCUGCCAUCUAGAUCCCUCCUCAUCCAGUCACCCGAACAUCCGUAGAUUAUCAGCAAUCCCCUCCACACGAUCUUCCGGAUCCGCCCUAACCACGUGUUCACACAUAAGCGUGGCAAUCAAGCAGCAAAAUGUGCGUGCCGUUCGUGCUGGACGGCCCGACGGAUGGUUUGGGCAAAAACCACAAAUGAACACCACCAUGCAUCUUGCUCCCGACCAUCUACUAAACGACAGCGACCAGGCCCCCCUUCUCUCUGCACUUAAGAGAAGGGGUCACAGAAACGACGGGGCUCUGUCCGUACCCAAAGAGACACUGAAGAGGGACAUCUCCCGCGCUAAUACGUCCUGCAUAUUCCAGCUGCACGUGCAGAUAAUCACGGACACCGAGGAGGGACAGGAAGAGGACAUGGGUGCACCCAUACAUACUUACAUACAUACGCACUUGCCAUACACGGCAUACCAGGUCUCCUUUUCGUGGCUCGGUUUUAGGGAGAAGAGCAUUGAGUAUAAGCACACAACACACACAGCCGCCAAGCCUGGCCGGCAGGCGGACAGGCAGGAGGCAGACAAGAGCCAAACCUGCAUCCACUCAUUCAAUCAUCCACCACAUCAUGUAUCUAAGGCACCCUCUCACGCCAAGCGAGAUACCUGCCUCGGCCGCCAGACCACGAAAACCGCACCGGUAGCAGCCGCAGUGACGUUCCGGCAGGAGCAGCAGCAAACGGAACAGGCUAGCUCCCAGCCGCCAUGGCCUGAUCAUAUUAAGCCUGUUUAA